GUUGCCCUCUGCUCCCCAUACUCCCGAGUACUUGUUGGAUGCACUCCCCCAGAUAUUCCCUCACCGUGUUACUGCUUGACACUUGAUAGAACUUCGUUGCUUUCUAGACAAAGAACGGUCUGGCGCGCCCUUCUCUCAGCUAGAUCCUGUGGCGCCUUAUCCCUUCCGUUUGACCUGUUAUCGUCCUCCCGCGACCAUCCCACCCUUCACAAAACUAUCGACUCUCUCUUGUCUACCACCACCACUCACCUCCCACCCCACCUCCCACGUUUUCGACAGCCUCAAUUCAAAAGGCCCAUCUGGUUGCCUUGCGAUCUUUCAGAUCACGCAUUACCUAUCAGAGGUCUCUCUGCCUGCGCCUCUGAGAUCACCCUCGGUACCGAAACCGUGGUUGGACUGUUCCGCGAGCCACCACGGGUCUUGUCAUCAGCCGCAAUCCAAGUCUGUUGUUGAUACCGACAUUAAGCGCAACCACGAUCUCCUUUCUCAACUCUGUGGCGCAGAGACACCGUUGGGGCUAUUGGACAACCCUUCCACACGCUUAAAAUACUUAAUCGUCCUUGAGCAAAGCGUUUCCGGGGCUCUUCUCCUCUGCUCUACUUCCAAAACCACAACCCGCCCACUUUCUACUGUUCCAAGACGUACGCAGAAUUCAGUGUGAUUCCAACUUUUCCAAUGACAACCAACUCCACGACUCAGCCAUACGCGAUCCCGGACUAUAUGAGCCAACAACCCUCCCCAGCUAGUUCGACCUCACCCACGUCCCCUCGCAUGCACGACUACAUUCAACAGCAUGCUCCCAACCCGUACAAGCAGCUCCGGCCGCUCAAGUCUCCUCUCUACGUUCCUGCUGCUCUGCGGCCAACCGAACAUUUCUGCAGCCCUUCUCCUAUGACCCCGCCAAAGAGCCUGCAUGGAUCAUUGGACAGUCUGCAGGAAGACGAAGGUCCGACAGCGAGCCCGGACCAUCAAGAUGAGUUGGGCCUGGACGCCUUUGACCCUGAUUGGGUUCAGGAGGAGGAACUGGGUGAGGUUACGGGCCCGCCAACCAGGGAACAUUGGAAGCCCGACGAAGCUUCACCGACUUGUGACUCGCCACAGUGUCGAUCUUCAUUCAGUCUGUUUGUCCGCAAGCACCAUUGUCGCCACUGCGGUCAUAUCUUCUGCUCCUCACACACCCCCUUCACGAUCCCCCUCGACCAGUACGCUCAAUUCCACCCGGACGGCGUCCCCUCGAGAGCAUGUGAGGUAUGCCACCGGCAGUAUCAACGCUGGGAUACGGCCAGGUCCAUCCGCCGCAAAAACAGCCAGAACAGCAAGGACGACGGCAGCAACAACGAGAGCGGCCCUCCCACGCCUCUCGCGGGACCGACGGGCCACCGAAGGAUGAUUUCCAACGGCAUUCGUACGGGCAAACCGGUCGCGGAAGUCGCUAACAGCGUGCCCAAAGAUUGGGCGUGGAGCACUUUCUGAGCGAAUUUCCCUCCCACCAUUGGGGACUCCAGCGGAGUACUCCACCGAUCUCAGGCACGUGAGUCGGGGUCCACCGCACACCCUCCCGGAAGCCUUUCCUUUGCAGGGAACCCAACCCGCGAGGCUGGAACCUCGGGAACCUUCGUCGCAUCCUGGACGCGCCGUCGCCGUUGACUCAGCUCCGACAAUCAGAGCUAAUUGUGGCGCACUCGGUCGGUUAUCUACGGGUGUAACUAGUCCGUCCUUGAUCUGCCUGUCAGGCUGAAGGAGUGUCGCCUCAGAAGGCUGUUAUGCCCUCCCAGUCACGAGGGUGAGUCUUUGUAUAUGUCAGACUUGAGUCGGCCCAUCAUAUGAUCGGAAAAAAGACCUUGGACGCGUCGACUGCCAGGCGAAGUGACAGAAGUCAACCUUGGUGCCACAAGGGCAAGCCAACAAGAACUUGGGACCAGGCGAUGCACCAUAUGCCUACAAGUACGGCGAAGCGGUGUGGUUACACCGCGCUAGAACCAAGGGGAUUCGGCACAAGAGACGGAGAAUACCCCGGAGAGCAAAGGGAGAAACGUCUGACAUGUGGUUUGUUCGUGAAUUAGUCAUGUGUGACAAGUAUUGACAGCACGCAAGCAAGCAAGCAUGCACGCAAGGAGGGGGAGAUCUCUGGUUUCCAUUUGGGGGAAUUCCACCCACUCUGGCGGGUCGAGAUUUUAGCGAGCCCAGUUUCUUGACGAUUAUGAUACCCAAUUGGCACUGAAUGCUUUCCCUUGGGACAUGCCUGUUCUUUUCUAGACUUUUUGGGGAAACUUUGAUACAGGCUUUGCUUGGCUGUAAAUCGGGUGGCUAUUUGAGGAUAUAUUUUUUCUUUUAAGACACGACGAGAUUAUCGUCUUCUGUUACAGAACUUGGGGUUUGGAGUACUUUGUAGUAUUUGAUUGCGUCUCUUAGGACACGAGAAUGAUUAUAAGCCUGUUUCGGAA